CUGGAAGAACUUCAGAGGUUGCCUCUCUAGGCAUCUAGAGAUCCUCCAGCAUAACUCUAUGGUCAAAAUCUGCUAAAGGGUGGAGAGAGCCUUCCCUUGAAGCUUGUAAGACUCAAGGAAGCUCUUAUGGGAAGAUACAGUCUAUCAGAUAAUCUGGAUUUAUGCCGUAAAAAGAAGCAUAACAUGCCUUCUUUUGUUCGGAUGAUUCAUUUGUGUUUAAUCCACUUCCCAUACUCUGAAAUGCUUUUUAUACAAUUAUUAUUUUCUUUUCUUCUUCUUCACAGCAGAAAACUGGAGGAAAACAUAUGUAUCUGCUAAGUAUGGGAAUUGUUUUAGGCAAAAACUGGAAGUUACUAAGCAAGCUCAACAUUUAGAAGAGGAAAGUUAUAUCAGAGAGGAGCCCUACAAACACAAUGCAUCCGUGAAAUUGCUUCCUCAAAAUAUGGGGCUUGUGCCUUGCAAGAGGCCUCAUUCCCUAAAGAAACACUUCAGGUGUGAAAUUUCAUGUGUGAAAGGUUUUGGCUCUAAAUUGUACAAUGUAAACUAUCAAGAAGCCCACACAGUAAAAAAGCCACACAAAUGCCGGAAGUGUGGGAAAUGCUUUGCAUACAAUUCACUACUUAUGGCACAUUUGAAAGUGCACAGAGAACUUAUGACCCACCGGAUAAACCACCCAGGAGAGAAACCAUACAAAUGUCAGGAGUGUGGGAAAGGUUUUGCUCACCAGUCAUUCCUUGUGAGGCACCAGACAGUCCACAGAGGAGAGAAACCAUACAAAUGCCAGCAGUGUGGGACAUGCUUUCCUUACAAGUCAUGUCUUGUGAGACACCAGAGAAUCCACACAGGAGAGAAACCAUACACAUGCCAGCAGUGUGGAAAAGGUUUUUCUUACAAGUCAGCCCUUGUGUCCCAUCAGAGACUCCACACAGGAGAGAAACCAUACACGUGCCAGCAGUGUGGGAAAGGUUUUGCUCAGAAGGCAAGCCUUGUUUACCAUCAGAUAGUCCACACAGGAGAGAAACCAUACACAUGCCAGCAAUGUGGCAAAGGGUUUGCUCAGAAGGCAAGCCUUGUUUAUCAUCAAAUAGUCCACACAGGAGAGAAACCAUACACAUGCCAGCAGUGUGGGAAAGGUUUUGCUCAGAAGGCAAGCCUUGUUUACCAUCAGAUAGUCCACACAGGAGAGAAACCAUACACAUGUCAGGAGUGUGGGGAAAGUUUUGCUUACAAGUUACAUCUUAUGUCCCAUCAGAGAGUGCACACAGGAGAGAAACCGUACAAAUGCCAGCAGUGUGGGAAAGAUUAUGCUUACAAGUCAAGUCUUGUGAAGCAUCAGAGAGUGCACACAGGAGAGAAACCGUACAAAUGCCACCAGUGUGGGAAAGGUUUUGCUCACAAGUCACGUCUUAAGCUCCAUCAGAGAGUGCACACAGGAGAGAAACCAUACACAUGCCAGCAGUGUGGGAAAGGUUUUGCUCAGAAGGCAAGCCUUGUUUCCCAUCAGAGGCGCCACACGGGAGAGAAACCAUGCACAUGCCAGCAGUGUGGGAAAGGUUUUGCUGACAAGUCAGAUCUUGUGAAGCAUCAGCGAGUCCACACAGGAGAGAAACCAUACACAUGCCAGCAGUGUGGGAAAGGUUUUGCUGACAAGUCAUAUUUUGUGAAGCAUCAGAGAGUCCACACUGGAGAGAACCCAUACACAUGCCAGCAGUGUGGGAAAGGUUUUGCUGUGAAGUCAGCUCUUGUGUCCCAUCAGAGAGUGCACACAGGAGAGAACCCAUACACAUGCCAGCAGUGUGGGAAAGAUUAUGCUUACAAGUCAAGUCUUGUGAAGCAUCAGAGAGUGCACACAGGAGAGAAACCAUACACAUGCCAGCAGUGUGGAAAAGAUUUUGCUGACAAGUCAAAUCUUAUGUUCCAUCAGAGAGUCCACACAGGAGAGAAACCGUACACAUGCCGCCAGUGUGGGAAAGGUUUUGCUUACAAGUCACAUCUUGUGGUCCAUCAGAGAGUGCACACAGGAGAGAAACCAUAC